CUUUAUUUUGUUUCGUUUUCUCUAUGCUUAAUAAUUUAUUGGGGAAGUUUUUUUCUCAUCUUCCUUUGUAGUCUGUCUCCAAGUUGCUUUUUUCUCUAUUUGUUUUGCCCGAUUUUCUUUCUUCAGAUCCUUCAUAAUCCUUCUCUGUUGUCUUAGAUUUGAGUGAGAUAUUGAAAAGCUCUGUGGAUGAGGGUGGGGCUGGUCCAUCAGAACUUCACUGUAAUGUGACCCGGCUAAACCAUUUCCUUGGGGUGCCCUUGUACUAAUGUCUCUGGGUUAGACUCCCAAGAAAGGCUUUUCCAUUAAACUGCCAAAUGGUAUGUUCCCCGGUUGCUACUGUUGUAGGAGUAGAGUAAGGGAAGAAGGCUUGAGAUCUCACCUAUGACUUCUGUCCCUAGUUUUACUUUCUCCAGAGAAGAAAACUUAAGUCUGCCAAAUACUACGCAUUCUGGGGGUUCUGCUGUGUAAAUCAUGUUAUCUCUUGGCUUUCUCUGCCACUGGCUUAAGGUUGGCUUUUUUUUUAAUGUUUAUUUAUUUAUUUAUUUUGAGAGAGAGAGAAUCCCGAGAAGGUUCCUUAUUGUCAAUGCAGAGUGCAACAUAGGGCUCGAACUCACCGUGAGAUCAUGACCUGAGCCAAUUUCGAGAGAUGGACGCUUAACCGACUGAGCCACCCAGGCGCCCGUGGUAGACACAUUUUCUGAUAAAAUAUUGCUUCUGGAAUUUUUACAGGUGAAAUAUCCACAGGAAUGUAGAAGGCUAGUUUGGAUGAUCCACACACACUGACUAUUAUUUCUAAUUGCUUUUUGAGCAUUUCUUAAAAGAGGGAGUACACAAAUGUACAGCGUACCCAGACUGAUGGUGAAUACUUUCCCCCACGUUAGGUUGACAGCCAAGUGUGAAUGUUGUCCCUGAAAGGAGAUAAAACAAGAGAAAUCCAAGGAAAUGGGUGGGAACUAACACCUGUUCUGUUUGAGCGUGAAUAUAGGUGAGAUGUUACUGUAUUUCUUUGAGAGUCAAGAAAGGAAAUAGAAUGAGAAAGAACAAGCAAUAAACCUAGGGAAAUGCAAAUCAAAACCACAAUGAUAUACCCACCAGAAUGGCUGUAGUCAAAACGACAGACAAUAAUUAAUGUUGCCCAGGACAUGGAGAAAUUGGAACCCUCGUGCAUGGUGAAAAUGGUGCAGCCACUUUGGAAGACAACCUGGCAGUUCCUCAAAAGAUUAAACACAGACUUAACUACGUGACCUAACAAUUUCAUUCCUAGCUGUUGCCCCUAGGAGAAUUGAGAAUAUCCAUCCACACAAAAACUUGUACACACCAGCAUUGCUCGUAAUAACCAAAAAGCGGAAGCAAUCAAAGGUCAGUCAGCCAACGAAUGGACAAACAAAAUGUGGUAUAAUGGAACAUUACUCAGCAAUAAAAAGAACGAAGAACUGAUACACGCUACAACAUAGCUGAACCUCAGAAACAUAGCCCCUGGUUUGAUAUGUACCUGUCUGCUCGAGACUCCAUUGUCUUGAAUUUUAAUCCAUUUGUGGCAUUCAUCCCUGACCCAAAGUCUGAGUAUAAUGACCAGCUCACCAGGGCAACCAACAUGACUGUUUCUGCCAUCCGGUUUCUGAAGACACUUCGGGCUGGUCUUUUGGAGCCAGAGGUUUUCCACUUGAACCCUGCGAAAAGUGACACUGAUACCUUCAAGAGACUCAUACGCUUUGUGCCUUCUUCUCUGUCCUGGUAUGGGGCCUACUUGGUCAAUGCUUAUCCCCUGGAUAUGUCCCAGUAUUUUCGGCUUUUCAAUUCAACCCGUUUACCCAAACCCAUUCGGGAUGAACUCUUUACUAAUGAGAAGGCUAGGCACCUCUUGGUCCUAAGAAAAGGACAUUUCUAUGUUUUUGAUGUCCUAGAUCAAGACGGAAACAUUGUGGGUGCCUCUGAAAUCCAGGCUCAUCUGAAGUACAUUCUCUCAGACAGUAGUCCUGCCCCCGAGUUUCCCCUGGCAUAUCUGACCACCGAGAACCGAAACGUCUGGGCAGAGCUCAGGCAGAAGCUGGCGAGUGGUGGCAAUGAGGAAUCCCUGAGGAAGGUGGACUCUGCUGUGUUCUGUCUCUGCCUAGAUGACUUCCCCAUUAAGGACCUCGUCCACUUGUCUCACAACAUGCUGCAUGGUGACGGUGCAAACCGCUGGUUUGAUAAGUCCUUUAACCUCAUUAUAGCCAAGGACGGCACUGCUGCUAUCCACUUUGAGCAUGCUUGGGGUGAUGGGGUGGCGGUGCUCAGGUUUCUUAAUGAAGUGUUCAAAGACAGCACUCAGGCCCCUGCUGUCACCCCACAGAGCCAGCCAGCCCGCACGGACUCUUCUGUCGCCGUGCAGAAGCUUAACUUCAAGCUGAACGAUGCCUUAAAGACUGGCAUCAGCACCGCUAAGGAAAAGUUCGAUGCCACCGUGAAAACCCUCACCGUCGACCUCAUCCAGUUUCAGAGAGGAGGCAAAGAGUUCUUGAAGAAGCAGAAGCUGAGCCCUGACUCGGUGGCUCAGCUGGCCUUCCAGAUGGCCUUCUUGCGGCAGUAUGGGCAGACGGUGGCCACCUACGAGUCCUGUAGCACUGCAGCAUUCAAGCACGGCCGCACCGAGACCAUCCGCCCGGCCUCCAUCUUCACCAAGAGGUGUUCCCAGGCCUUUGUCAGGGAGCCCUCCAAGCACAGUGCUGGAGAGCUUCAGCAGAUGAUGACCGAGUGCUCCACGUACCACAGCCAGCUGACCAAAGAAGCAGCAAUGGGCCAGGGCUUUGACCGACACUUAUUUGCUCUGCGUUACCUGGCAGCAGCCAAGGGGAUUGCUCUGCCUGAGCUAUACCUGGACCCUGCAUAUGGGCAGAUAAACCACAACAUCCUGUCCACGAGCACUCUGAACAGCCCAGUAGUGAACAUUGGUGGCUUUGCCCCUGUGGUCCCUGAUGGCUUUGGCAUUGGGUAUGCUGUUCAUGACAACUGGAUAGGCUGCAACGUCUCCUCCUACCCAGGCCGCAAUGCCCGGGAGUUUCUCCAGUGUGUAGAGAAGGCCUUAGAAGACAUAUUUGAUGCCAUAGAAGGCAAAUGCAUCAAAACUUAGCUUCUGAGUGGGUGAAAAACUUCCAUCACUUCCUGGACAUGAAAAUUGGAGCCUAAUAGCCAGUAGGUGCUAGUAUAAGAACGAAACUAAUCAUGAGGUGCCUAAGCAGCCAGUGCUGUAAGACUUGAGCUUUAAGGUCAUGGUUUUAAAGCUAAACAUAUAAUUUCCAAGUGGGACUAGAUCACAAUUAAGGGUAAUGUGAGAUUUCAAUUUUAAGGAUAUUUGAUCAGAAGGUGGGAUUUGGAAAAAUUACUCUCAGGUGUAUUUAUUGUUGAAGCAGAAAUAAAAUUUAAUUGUUGCUUGGAGAUGGUAUCUUUGAGUUGUUGUUUAACCUAAUCUCCUAAUCCCCACAAAGAACAUUAAGUUCGGGUAACAGUAAGUUCCCAUGGCUCCUGGCUCUUCAGGUGAGGUGGGAAGCACUGUUUCAUCCUCUCUAUGAACUUGUCUCUCUCUCCUGGGGACAUAUUCUCUUUGAUUUUUUUUUUUUUUAAACAUUUUUUUAUUGUUGAGAGACAGAGUGCGAGCAGGGAAGGGGCAGAGAGAGAGGGAGACACAGAAUCUGAAGCAGGUUCCAGACUCUGUCAGCACAGACCCUGAUGCAGGGCUCGAACCCAUGAACUGUGAGAUUGUGACCUGAGCCGAAGUUGGAAGCUCAACCGACUGAGCCACCCAGGCGCCACCGGAAGAUUUAAAGACAUCUUCUCUUUGAAAGCCCUCUUCAUUUUUCUAGCAAGUGUUCUGCUGAUGCUUCAUUCUGAUAGUCCUGCAGCAGUGAAGAAUAUUCCAAUGGAUUUGGGGAGUGCUAUUUGACUAUUCCAGCCAAAUCAAGAUUUAUAAUUGGUGGUGUAUUUAUUUUAACCAGUUGAAUCUAACGUGCUAUCUGUGGCCUAAUGUACACAUGAUCACUCAGUACAUUUUGCACUUGAAAUCUCUGGUUUUGAGUGAACACAGAAUUUUAUGUUAAUCUAUUGUUAUAACACCACUGUAAUAUGAAGGGUGUUCUGUUCUAUCUUGUGUUUUGAAAAAGAAGGGUUUUUGUUUGUGUUUAAUUUCAGCUGCAUUCCCAGUGGAUCCCCCAGUGACUCAGUGGACAGCUGGGAUUUGAAUUCCGGGACUGGCCAGUCACCAAGCACUUCCAAAGCAUCAUCUCACUUAAUUCUUCUUACAGUUCACAUAAACAUGCCUGCACCCCUUCUUAGUCGAUUCCACCCUUCACUCAGUAAUCAUUUAGUGAUGACCCAACAGGUACCAGGCCCCCUGUAUUCCGUGGUUUGAUUAGAGAGGGCCAUCUGAAGGCUGCCAGGUCACGUGAACAUGAUGUUGCUCUCACCUGGGAACUAUCAAGAAAACCUGAACUAGAGCCUCUCCGUGCCCGUGCCAACCCGGAAGCACUUGUUGCGGCCCCGCCCUGCCCGCCCUCUGCUCUGGCGCUUCCUCUGCGUAGUGGCGGCCACUGUUUGCUUUCGACCGCGGAACUACGCCGGUGGGUUCGUGCACCUGUACGGACAGCAAACGGUUGACAGGAUGACAGGCAAGUUCAAAAGCAAGUUUAAAACCUAUGCUAUCUGUGGGGCCAUUUGCAGGGUGGGUGAGUCAGACGACUCCAUUUCUCCGACUAACCAAGAACGAGGGCCUCGUCUCAAAGAACUUCUAACUGGAGAAGAUCCUGGACGUGUACUAUUUGUCAUAAACAAAUAGUGACACCGCCCCCCCUCCUUGCCCCCCAAACACCUGAACUCCUGGUAUCCUGGUUCUACCGUGUCCUCACUAUGUGACCAAAGGCGAGUUAUUCUGCCUGUCUGCUGUGUGAGUUUCUCUUCGUAGAAUGAGGACAGUUCCUAUAGCACGGGGAUGUAAUGAGGACUGGAUGUAAUGACUGGAUGUAAUGAUAGAGGUAAAGCAUCUGGCAUAUAGUUGAAGCUAAAUCUGUGUUCUCUUGCUGCUGUGAGGUCUCUGCUGUUCCAUUCCUUAUCAAAGCGAGUUGGUUCCAGUCACUUGCAUAGCGAGUUCCCCACAGCAUAAGCUCUUAAGACCGAAGCUUUGAUUGGAACUUGCAGGGCUGAGAUACCUGUUUCAUGCAUAUGUUCAGGGUGAAUGGACCCUUGGGUAGUACAGUGUUCGGCAUUCCUAUUUACAACUUACCUGACCCUUCCUUCUGGUCUUGGGUUCAUGCUUGAAUUCUUUCAUUCAACAUCUGAAACUAAUUGACCUCCAGACUCAGGAGAAUGCUGAACUUUGUUAAAUUAAUCCCUGCUCUUCCUGACCCUAAAGCCGCUCCCAUGUGGAAUUUCCUGUGUGAGGAGUAGGCUUUGGGAAGUCAGCAAGUUUUGUCCAGGUGGCUUUCUCUGUUCAUAACUCUGGAACGAUGUGGCUCAUCUCCAGGUUCACAGCCAUACCAACCUCUCUGGAGAUUAUUUGCUUUUCUUUGAGAUUCCCCCUGGACCUCCUGAGUGAGUUUUGUGGAUAUCAUGUAGUUUAUGUUUUUUUUAUAGCUUUAUUGAGAUAUACUUCACACCUUAUAUAUUCCACUUAUUUAAAAUGUAUCAUUCAGCCAUUUUAGCAUAUCCACAGUUGCACAACUAUCACUACAAUGAAUUUUAGAAUAUUUUCAUCCCCCCAAUGAAUGCUGUACCUGUUAUCAGUCACUCUCCUUUUCCCUCAACUCCUCCCUCCCUACCCACAAACCCUAGACAAACACUAAUAUACUCUUUGUCUAAAUUUUCGUAUUCUGGACAUUUCGUAUAAAUGGAAUUAUAGGAUAUAUGUAUGGCCUUUUGUGAUUGGCUUCUUUUACUUAGCAUAAUGUUUUCACGGUUUACCCAUGAUCUAGUAUGUAUCAAUGCUUAUUUUCUUUGUAUUGCUGAAUACUAUUUCAGCAUAUGGAUAUACCACAUUUUAUUCAUUCACCAGUUGAUGGCUAUUUGGGUUGUUCUACUUUUUGGCUGUUAAGAAUAAUUCUGUGAACAGUUGUGUGUAAGUUUUUGUGUGGACAUGUUUUCAUUUCUCUUGGGUAUAGGUGUAGGAGUGGAAUUGCGGAGUCAUGUAAUAGCUCUGUUUGGUCAUUUAGGGAACUGCUAGGGUGUCUUCCACUGGACACAUUUUACAUUUCCACCAGCAGAGUAUGAAGGUUCCAAUGUCUCCACAUCCUCACCACCACUU